CUCUGAUGAUCACGCGGCUCAGCUGGGCAUGGGAUUUUUGCUACCGAUUCUCCGAACCACCCGCCGCCAUCGCUACCGGAUUGGGCGAUCUGGUCCGAACCGGGAGCGUUUCACCCCUGCACCUGGGUAAACUAGGAGGGCAUGUUAUGGACUCCCUUGAUUAAAGAACUUUGACCAGCGGAAUUCUGGGAGUUGAAGUCCAUAGAUCUUAAAGCACUGCACACCAGAACAACUAGACACAAGAACAGUUUUUUCCCGAAGGCCAUCACUCUGCUAAACAAAUAAUUCCCUCAACACUGUCAGACUAUUUACUGAAUCUGCACUACUAUUAAUCUUCUCAUCGUUCCCAUCACCAAUCUCUUUCCACUUAUGACUGUAUGACUAUAACUUGUUGCUGGCAAUCCUUAUGAUUUAUAUUGAUAUACUGACCAUCAAUUGUGUUGUAAAUGUUGUACCUUGAUGAACGUAUCUUUUCUUUUAUGUACACUGAGAGCCUAUGCACCAAGACAAAUUCCUUGUGUGUCCAAUCACACUUGGCCAAUAAAAAAUUCUAUUCUUCUAUUCUAUUCUUAAAGUUAUCAAAGUCAAGAAACGUAAUUUAUACAGGUAGUCCUUGACUUACAUCUACCAAUUGAGUGACCCUUCAACACUGAAAAAAAGUGACUUACGACUGUUUUUCACACUUAUGACCCUUGCCGCAUCCCCAGUCACAUGAUCAAAAUUCAGAUGCUUGGCAACUGGUUCCUCUUUAUGACGGUCGCAGUGUCCCGGGGUUACGUGAUCCCCUGUUGCGACCUUCUGCCGAGCAAAGUCAAUGGUUAAGCCAGAUUCACUUCACAACCGCGUUAUUAAUUUAAUAACUGUAUCGAUUCACGGUACAACGGUGGCAAGCAUGGUCGUAAAACAGGGCAAAACUGACUUAACAAACGUCUUGCUUAACUGUGGGAAUUUUGGGCUCCAUUGUGGUCGUGAGUCGAGGACUAGCUGUGUCUGGGGAUCUCUGCUAACCUGUUUUUCUUCCCCUUCCCCCACCGUCACUAGUGGGCGAUUUGGAGCGUCUUGCUCUGGAGUACCCUAACCCAUGCUUCCCUGCCCACAUUCGAAUGGACAGACCCCAACACUGAUGAGAUGCUGUCGUGUCAUAAGUGCCUCCCGGGGAUGAGAAUGGUCAAACCUUGCACCCGGGAGGAAUUCACCCAGUGCGUGACGUGUGACUACGGGACGUACACCCCGUCUUGGAACAACCUGGACAGCUGCAUGUCCUGCAGCCUCCCCUGUAAGGCCGACGAGGUGGAGGCGGCGCCAUGCACCUCGAGGCAGAACCGGGUGUGCGAGUGCAAGCCGGGCUACUACAAGGAGUUGUUCUAUUGCAUCACCCACUUCCCGUGCCCACCAGGAACCGGAGUGGUUAAGCCGGGCAACCCCCGAGAAGAUACCCAGUGCGGAGUCUGCCCAGAAGGGAGCUUUUCCAGCAACCGUUCAGCCAAAGAGACUUGCCAGGCCCACCAGAAUUGCGCUGCGCAAGGCCUUCUGAUCAAUGUGCCUGGCACCCUUUUCCACGAUGCCUAUUGCACCGCGUGCAGGGUUGACAAAGGCUCGGAGAAGGGCUCAGGUACGGGAGACUGUGUCGAGGCAGCCCUUGACUUUGUCGCGUUCCAACUGAAGUCCCCGCAAAGGCUCCAGCGACUGUAUCGUCAGCUCGCUCAAAGUGCUCCUGAGACGGAGGAGAAGAAGAAGCGCGUCGAAGAGCUGCAGGUGGAGCUUCAUAGCUACCUGGUCCAGCUCAAGAAUCUGACUGGAAAGAAGCGAGCGUGGAAUAUGGUCCAGGAAGCCCUGACGAAGAUGAAGUUGCAAAACAUUCUGCAGAACGUCCAGAGGAGGUUCUCUGUGAGUUGAUGAGGCCAUCAUGCAAUAACGGGGCUUAUUGUAAUCGUAGGUAUAAAAUGGUUGAUCGUGGAUUGGUGGACUCGGAUUGUUGAAUUAAAGUAUUUAUAAAAAAGCUAGCUUUUUUAAAAGAAAAAUCGGCUUCCCCAUCUUUGAUUCGGCAUUUGAAUGGAAGAAAAACGUGCACGCGGGGCCAGCCAGCUACUCUCUUCCGGGUUCCGGUGCUCUGACGCGCUCUCCAGUUUCAGCACUCGGUGCUGAAAAGGUUGACCCUCCCUGUCUUAGGGGGUUCCGUCACACUUCUUUGGAGGGUCCCAGCAGCACACAACAAAUUCUGGGUGGAAGACUCAGCGGGGUGGACUAUGGACUUGCUGGGUCUCACCAACAGCUCCUUAUACUUGCUU